GUGAUUUACGUCAAAAUUCGCAUCGUUCGCGAUAUUCUGCCAAAAUAGAAUCGGAACUCGAUCGAAUCUACCGUCUGAUACGACCCAUUUUUCUAACCUUAACUUUCCGUUGUUUAUUUUUUGACAAUAAAUAAUUCCUUGCGCGAGGAAUAGAACGUUUUUUCAAGCUCUAAUUUUUGUUUCGCACAAAAACGCAUUAGGGAUACGUUGAAGAGAAUGCGGUUGAUAGAUGACAAAAUAAUUUACAUGCUGAACACCACGAUUCCCACCGAGUCCUUCAAAGCCCAGUUGGAUCCAGCUGCGCAAUGCAAAGACUUGUUUCAGCAAAUAGAAUCCGAACACGCUCAAAGGGAGCAAGCAAUAAACAAGUGUCUGAACGUUACCAAGGAGAAAGUCAUGCAAUUGAAGAGUCUCAGAGAUCAGGGCGACGAGAGCCCGACUCUAAUAAAGUCUCUGAGAAAAGAACAGACCACUCUGAGACUGUUGCAAGCCGAGCUCAAUGUAGAGGAAGUAGUGAAGAAACGUACAGUACAAAUCUAUUACGAGAGAUGCCGCGGCUUCUACAAGCCGCCACACAUAUAGACAUGCACGCGCAUGUAUAUAAAAUUUUUUACUACUCCGUAAAACUGAAGAGAUUUAACAUCUGGUUUGCAUCUGGUUGCUGAAAUAGAGAAUUGUUACAAUAUAGUUUGUUUACAUGAAUUUUAAGUAAAGAUAUAGAGAACGGCGUCGAUUUGUUCGAAUCAUUGUUAUUUUGUAAUGAAAAUAUACAUACAUACCAAUUCUCUCUCA